UUCUCAAUUUCCAACUAUAUAAGGUUUUUCCUCUAUUCGUCGUUUCUCCCUCCCGUGCUACUAUUGGCCAAUAAGUUGAAACCGUUGCUUCUAUCAAACAGUGAAGGAGAGAAAGAGAGAAGUUUACGUUCUUCAUCAAUGCUACUUUAACCCUAGUUAUUUAGUGAUUUCAAGAGAAAACAAGCCGUAAUUAUCCGCCAUGACUGCUCUUCAAGCUUCACUUCUAUGCAGACCUUCCUUGCAUGGCACAUAUUUUUCAAAAAAUCCUCAAGCCUCUAUCGGCAAUAUCCACGGCUGUAAUUCAUUCACUUCGUCCGUCUUUUUUUCUUCAUUCAGAGUUCGUUUAUCGAAAUCCCGAUUUUAUCAGCACUCUUCCUUGAUUCUCCAUGCAUUGCUGCCAGAAAAGCGCGAAUUCGAUUUCAGAAUCGAAUUUCUCUGGUAAUGGUUCAAGUCCGUAUUUCGCGAAACUGCAGAACGAAGACUUUUCUAUGGAACUUGACAGUGAAAAUUUGAGACCGGGGUCGGAAGCUUCAGUUACGGAUGCUAACGCAGUUAGAGAAGUUAGUUCUAAAGUGGAGGUUGUGACCGAAUCUGAAACUUCAGUUGAGAAAGGAAGAACAGAGAACAGAUUUCCGCUAUUGGUCUUUUUAGUUGGAAUCCUGGCUUCGGCAAGGAGAGGAUUCGAAAGGCUUGCCUUCUCAGAGUGGUUGAAUUGGUGGCCAUUUUGGCGGCAGGAAAAGCGAUUGGAACGUCUAAUUUCUGAAGCUGAUGCCAGUCCUAAUGAUGCUGCAAAGCAGAGCGCUCUGUUGGCUGAGCUCAACAAGCACAGUCCUGAGUCUGUCAUCAGACGUUUCCAACAAAGGGAUCAUGCAGUAGAUAGCAAAGGAGUGGCAGAAUAUCUGCGAGCUCUUGUGGUUACCAAUGCUAUUGCAGAAUACCUUCCAGAUGAGGGAUCUGGAAAACCUUCUAGUCUUCCUGCCCUGUUGCAAGAAUUGAAGCAGCGUGCUGCAGGAAACAUGGAUGAGCUCUUUCUUACCCCUGGCAUAUCUGAGAAGCAGCCAUUGCAUGUAAUUAUGGUUGAUCCUAAAGCAUCGAACAGGUCAACACGUUUGGUGCAAGAGCUAAUCUCAACUAUCUUGUUUACAAUUGUUGUUGGUUUGAUGUGGGUAAUGGGUGCUGCUGCACUUCAGAAAUAUGUUGGCAGCUUAGGUGGUAUAGGCACUUCUGGCGUUGGCUCAAGUUCUUCAUAUGCUCCAAAGGAGUUGAACAAAGAAAUUAUGCCAGAGAAGAAUGUGAAAACCUUUAAGGAUGUAAAAGGUUGUGACGAUGCAAAACAAGAACUUGAGGAAGUAGUAGAGUACGUCAAGAACCCAGAAAAGUUCACUCGCCUAGCGGGGAAGCUGCCCAAGGGAAUUCUUUUGACAGGAGCACCUGGGACAGGAAAGACUUUGCUUGCUAAGGCUAUUGCUGGAGAGGCUGGUGUACCAUUUUUUUAUAGAGCAGGGUCAGAGUUUGAGGAAAUGUUCGUGGGUGUUGGUGCUCGACGUGUACGGUCCUUAUUCCAAGCUGCUAAGAAGAAGGCACCCUGCAUCAUUUUCAUUGAUGAAAUAAAUGCUAUUGGUUCCACCAGAAAGCAAUGGGAAGGCCAUACAAAGAAAACAUUGCAUCAGCUGCUAGUUGAGAUGGAUGGUUUUGAACAUAAUGAAGGCAUAAUAUUAAUGGCUGCAACAAACUUGCCAGAUAUUCUUGAUCCAGCUUUAACAAGGCCUGGUAGAUUUGACAGACAUAUUGUUGUUCCUAGUCCUGAUAUGCAGGGUCGUCAAGAGAUACUGGAGCUUUAUUUACAGGACAAACCUCUGGCUGAUGAUGUAGAUGCCAAAGCACUUGCUCGUGGUACCCCUGGCUUUAAUGGUGCAGAUCUGGCAAAUCUGGUGAACAUCGCAGCUAUUAAGGCUGCUGUUGAAGGUGUUGAGAAGUUGACUGCUGCACAGCUGGAGUUUGCAAAGGACAGAAUAAUUAUGGGUACAGAGAGGAAAACAAUGUUUAUAUCAGAAGAAUCAAAGAAGCUCACCGCAUAUCAUGAGAGUGGUCAUGCAAUUGUUGCAUUUAAUACUGAUGGCGCACACCCUAUUCACAAGGUGACAAUAAUUCCACGAGGUUCUACACUUGGUAUGGUUACCCAACUUCCUUCAAAUGAUGAAACAUCAAUUAGCAAGAAGCAAUUAUUAGCACGUCUUGAUGUCUGUAUGGGAGGGAGAGUUGCCGAAGAACUUAUCUUUGGUCAAAAACAUAUUACAACCAGAGCAAGUAAUGACCUGCAUUCAGCUACUGAGCUUGCACAGUAUAUGGUAAUGACUUGUGCGAUGAGUGGUACAAUUGGACCAGUUUAUAUCAAAGAGCGACCAGGUUCAGAGAUGCAAUCUCGCAUUGAUGGGGAGGUGAUCAAAAUCCUGAGAGAAGCAUAUUAUCGUGUUAAAGCCCUCCUAAAGAAGCAUGAGAAGGCAUUACAUGCACUGGCAAAUGCCCUUCUUGAGUAUGAGACACUCAGUGCAGAAGACAUAAGACAUAUACUUCUACCUUAUCGGGAAGGGAGAUUCUCUGAACAACAACAGGCAGAAGAGUUUGCAUUGACUUAGAAUCCAACAAUCUAGGCCUCCACCAACUGUAAGGGAAGCAAUGUUCAAUGUAUUCAAAGUAUGACAGGUAAUUUACAUAAUUUGAUUUUCUCCUCUGCAAGUCCUUUCUUUUUUAUUAUAUAUUAAACUUUAAGCAACACCCUGCCUCCCCCCUUCACCCAUGAAGCAAAAUAAGGAGAAAGGAAAAAACACAAAUGAGAUCACAACACAGACAAUGUGAAUCUGACUAUUAAUUGUUGGUGAACUAUGAAAAACUGUUAAUGUUAUCUGAGCAGUCGAGAAUGAUCAACUUUAACUCAGGUGCUGUUUCAUAGGAAAUUGUCAG